CGCCUCUAUCCAGAUCUGCCGUGCCGGAACGCGACCCCGAGUCAUCGCGCGUCCGCGCGUCGCCACUGCUGCAAUCCGACACCAGAAGCCGCCUCUCCCGCGCCUGAGCGACCUGCAGCACCCAACGUCCCCCUCUCCUCUGCUGCUCGUGCCGCGUAACCAACAGGGUUACCCCUCGCCCGCGAGCUCGCACCGCCGCCCGGCCGUGCCGAUCCGCGACGAUCUGACGCCUCCGCGUUGCUGCUUCUGGCCACGUCUCCGCCAGCCACUGCCGUGCACCAUCGCCGACCUGCAGCUUCUACCCGAGCCCUCUGCCGCCAGCCUCCGCCUUCGAUCGACGCAGUUGCAGCCCAACGCCAGAAGCAGCAGCUCCCUGCUCCGUCGUACCUCAGUCCCUGUUCUGCCUCGCCGUUCCCGUUCCACCCCAGCCGCGACGCAGCCUCUGCCGGACCGACGCCUGCUGCCCUGCCUCCUGCACCAGCGCCGACGCCCGAGCUCUAUCGCCGGGACUGCCGUCGCACCUCCCCGCCGCCGGUCUCCUCGCACACCGUGCCAGCGCUAGCCCGCCGAGCCGGUCCGCCUGCACGCCGGCUGCCGCCCUUCGCCGGAGCUCCGAACGCCGGCAGCUCCACCGCCCUUGGCCGCGCACCACCACAGCUGCCGAGCCUUGUUUGGAAAAAAAAAGAAAAAAUCAAAUUAGCUAGAUUACUUGCACAGCUUGGGAUCAAUGGAAGGAGAGCUAUCUAUAGAAGUGGAGGAUGGUGGAAUGAACAACUUGAUCGAAAACUGGAGAGGUCGACGGGAGAUAAUGAAUAAUGCAUUGGCGGCUUCCGCGGGGGGACAAGAUCCGGCAAAAGCUUACGAAUAUGCUCGAAAACUGGCACGUGUCAUCGAAGGCGGCAAGGUUGACGAGUUCCUUUCCAUGAUCAAUGUAAAUGAUCCAUUGUUGCGGGACAUCGAUUGGUCUGCCGUUUUAAAUUCCCGAUUGGAAUGGAAAGGAUCACUGCUCCACAGGGCAGCAGCAACCGAGAACGACGACAUCCUAAGGCUUCUGGUUGAUUAUGUUGGUGACCACCUCAUAACCGCCCAAGAUGAUCGGGGAAAUACCCCACUCCACUGGGUCGCUUGGUUGCCGGGAUCUACUGGAGCUGCAGAGAUGUUGAUUCACCGGGCAAGAGGCCUCCCCAACGUCGAGGACAAGAACCUCCUAUUGAGGAUGAAGAACAAAUGGGGAAACACCGCUUUGCACAUAGCCGUGCACGAAGGUCACGCCAACUUGGUGCGCUAUUUGUUGAGCGAAGAUUUGGAGCCCGUGUACUGGAAGAACGCGAGUGAGAAAUCUCCCCUGUACCUAGCCCUCGAGACUUACGACUCCGCUGUACAUGAGGCUUUAUUUUCACACUCGUUGGAACCAUCAAGGAUAGAAGGCUUGCCGUCCAUUCAUGGUGCCAUUAUACGUUCACGACACGAUUUAUUCGACCUGAUGCUCAAGAAAAACAUGGAGCUAUUUGCAAUGACCGACUCCAACGGGGGCAAUGUAUUCCACUUAGCAGCUCACCUGAAUCACGCCUGGGUAUUCGAAUUCUUACGACCAGAAACUGAAUAUUUGACCCGAGAACCGGACAUGAAUGGAGAUCUCCCCAUUCAUAUUGCAAGCAAGAUGGGUUAUGUUGAACAUAUUGAGAAGCUAAGGGAAGUAUCACUUUUGCCAAAUGGGCAAGGGAAAAACAUUCUUCAUAUUGCCGCAAAAUAUGGUAGAGUCUCCGUAGUGAGAUAUAUACUCAGCCAUCCAAUUCUAGGGAAGAAUCCAAUUCUAGGGAAGAUGUUAAAUGCAACAGAUGAUGAUGGAAAUACAGCUUUGCACUUGGCUGCGAUGCAUUCACAGCCCGCUGCUUUGAUUGAUCUUUUGCGGACUGACGGAAUUCUACCAAGCAUUUUCAACAAUGAAUGCUUGCUUGCUGUUGACAUUGCUCGACGACGACACCAGGCAGAGGGGUAUAACAUUCGGCAUCAAUUGGCAUACCUGGCGUUGGCUUGCUCGCUCGCGGGAAAAGGUCCACUUGGAAACCAAGAGUUACUCCUACUUAGAGCGAAAGCUCGAGAUGAAGAGUUAUCAGUAGUCCGCUCGCGCAAAAGCAUGCCGAGCAGGGACAUCGUCAAGGAUUACAUCAAUUCCCGCAUGGUGGUGGCAACGCUUGUGGCCACAGUGAGUUUUGCAGCUGGUUUUGCAGUUCCUGGAGGAUUUAACGGCUCGGACACAGCCUCCAAAGAUGAGCGGGGCAUGGCUACGAUGCUGGACAAUCGAAUGUUCCAGGCUUUCGCGAUUUGCAACACCAUCGCGAUGUUCUGCUCAAUGACUGUGGUCGUCAACCUCAUCUGGGCGCAGACAGUUGAUGUCGACGUUUUAGUCGCUGCAUUCGAGCGCACAACGCUACCACUACAAAUUGCACUCCCGGCGAUGUCCACCGCUUUCUUAACUGGUGUCACCUUGACCGCUGGCAAACUCCCAUGGCUUGCUAACACCAUAUUUUAUUUGGGACUCGUUUUCCUCCUCAUUAUCUCAUUUGCUAAAUUGUUAGGGGGGCCUAUCUUCUUUGAAAUCUUCGGUCAUCCUCUCCGUCGACUAACAUUCUGGCUUAUUCUCGCUUACAUUUAUUUGGGGAGAGUUGAGACGUACAUUUAUGACGACGAUGACGCGAAAGAUAACAGAAGGGAGAAGAAGACCUUCGCUAGUCCGCCUGUGGAUGUUGCCGGUGAAUCGAGGACCGAUGACUGGGCGAAAGCAAAAUGUGAGGAUGCGUUACAUCCUCCAAGUCGCUGAUUUGAAUUGAUCAUUCCAUAUUAUCUGUAAUAUGUAUGUAGUAAUAAUAUAUGUUUUCCUUGGUGAGUGGGACUCACUAUACGGUUGCUUUCCUUUAUGUCAGAUCAAACGUGAUUGUUAAUGAAUGUAAGCUAAACCAUGUGUUUCUCUCAUAACUUAACUUAUUAGAAUUGUUGGAUAUAAUUCCAUCAAAUUUCAUAUGUUAUUAAAGCAGAGGUUCUAAGUUCAAACA